GAACGGAGCUAAUAGCACAGAGUACGGAAUCCAUCGUCGCAACAGUGGCCACGGAUGGUGAGCAGCUGCUGCGCCCGUUCCUGGUGACAGAGUGUGUGCAGCUCGUCGGUGAAAUUUGUCGUGAAAGUGGUCCGCACGAAUCGAGAAUCGGUGAAAUUGAUUUUGCCUCUUCAGUGAUCGGUUAACCGUGGUCAGUUGAGUGGCGUAUCCUGACCGCCGAAGAUGCCAUCCAAUCAUCGCAAGAAGAAACACAAGAAACCAGCUGGUGGCGCGGUGACGAGUGGUGAGCCAGAUUGUCCGGAGGUGAAGGAACAGCUGGCAAGCGAUGACUCCAAAAAGCUUUACACCGUGAAACGCUCCGAUCAGGUUGGAAGAUAUAUUGUAGCCUCGAAGGAUCUAAAGGCUGGUGAAGCGAUCAUCGAAGUCCUGCCGCUGGUGGUGGGCCCUUGCGCAGAGAGUGAUCCCGUCUGCCUCGGUUGUCACCGAACGUUCGAAGCCGAUAGUCCGCAGAUACGAUGCGAAGGUUGCAGUUGGCCCAUUUGCUCACCAGCCUGUCCAGGGCUCACACCGGACGGAACUCAUCGAACGCUAGAAUGCAUUCCACUGCGUGAGAAAGCCGUAUCGCGGCUCCUUCAAGCAUCGACCGCCAAGGAACAGAAACUAAUGUACGAAGCGAUACUAACACUCCGCUGCAUGCUGCUCGCAACCGUCGAUCCCACUCGCUACCGAGGAAUCCAAGAGAUGGAUCCACUGAACGCGGUCCGCCAGAACAUCCCGAAGCUGUGGAAACGCAACCAGAAAGAGAUCGUUAGCCGAAUCCGAGACGAUUGGGGGUUUAGUGAGUUCAGUGAGCAAGAACUGCACACGAUUUGCGGUGUGAUCGAGGUGAACGCGUUCGAAGUGGGCCAAGAACCGGUGAAAGCACGUGCCCUUUUCCCCGAAGCGUACCUCCUGAUGCAUGACUGUACGCCGAACACUGGCCACACGGAUGCACUGCGGACACACGCGCUUACGGUGCGUACGUUACGUGAGGUUAAAGCCGGAGAGCCUCUGACGUUGACGUACGCUUACAUCCUUCAGGGAACGUGGAAACGAAGACAGCAUUUGAUCGAAGAAAAGUUCUUCUGGUGUCGGUGCGCGAGGUGCCGUGAUCCAACCGAGUUUGGGACGAACUGUGGUGCCUUAAAGUGUAGCAAGUGUCACCGGGGAUGCCUGUUGCCGGUGAAUCCGCUCGAGCAGGAGUCGGAGUGGAGGUGUACGCUGUGUCCUAGCGCCGUGUCUGCUCAAACGAUUGUGGUGCUGUUGGAACAACUGUCCAAGAAGCUGGACGCUAUUGAUGGGAACGAUGUGGCGGGGUACGAACAGUUCCUGCAAGCGUACGGAGCGGUGCUGCACGAUAACCACUAUCUGAUGCUAUCAGCAAAGCAUUCAUUGUGCGAGUUGUAUGGAAAGAUCAACGGAUAUCUCAUUCCUGAGCUAAGUCCAGAGCAACUGAAGCGAAAGGAGACGGUUUGUCGAGACCUGCUUGAGGUGAUUGAUCAGCUGGAGCCGGGAUUGAGUCGUCUGCGAGGGACCAUCAUGUACGAGCUGCAUGUUCCGCUGAUGAUCGAAGCGGGGCAACUGUUCCAAGGGGGAUCGAUUCAGCGGGCCGAGCUACGCCGUCGAUUGAAGGAAGUGCAACGGUUGUUGAGAGAAAGCGAACGAAUUCUGGCGUUGGAACCGGAGGGUAGCCCGGAGUAUGGGAUGGCGGUGGCCGCAAGGGAUGCGAUCAAAAACAUGGGCACAAUAUAAAUUAAUUUAUGCGGGGCUGUGUUGUUGUUUGUUGGGCACCGAAUAAAUGGAAAUUCUGUUACAUUAUA